GGAGAUUUUGGUGUGUCAGUCUGGAGCAUCGCUGGUAAGUGGGGGGUCCCAACUCACCGCGUUUCGCCUCUUCUCUUCCGUCUGUCUCAACUGAAUUCUCUCUCUCUCUCUAUCUCUCUCUCUCUCCAUCUCUCUCUUAAAAAAAGAUUAAAAAUUAGUUAUUUAGAGUAGUAUUAAUUAAUUAUAAGCUCUACCAUAAUGGAAACAAAAGAAACAAAAUUGAUGAUUCUUCUGAAAAAAUAGAAAAAAAAGAAAGGAAAGGUGGAAGGAAGGGAGGAAGGAGGAAGAGAGAAGAGGAAGGCGCGUUGUGAGUAGUAGACCUUCUUAGUACAAUAUUUUACAACUAAUUUUGUUUGAUUUAGUGUUCUUCAUGUUUGGUUUGUCACCGCAGAACCUAAUCUCUCUCUCUCUCUCUAGAUUAUAGAUUGAUGCUGAAGAAGAACAAUAAGCCGUCAAGGAACCCCCAGUCCCCUGAAUUCAACUCUUGGGAUUCAGCAUUUCAUUUCUUACCCACGAAGCUGGGCCUGAGCUGCGAGCUGCGAGCUGCUCUUCAAUUUCCUCUACCCCGCCCUUGCUUCUUUAUCCCACCCAACCUACUUCUUCUUUGGAUCUGUGCAUUCUAGAUACUAUAUUUAUCAGACUGGAAUUUUCUUCAAGCUUUGGAUAUGAACAAGCCGCCUCCUGUUUUGCUUUUGGUCUUCAAUUUUCUUCCACUUCUCCUGCUGCUUGGGUUUUCAGCCCAUCACCUGGUUCCAGUUUUAGGAGACAAUUAUGUUCCCACUGAUAAAAUCCUACUGAGUUGUGGUGGUCCACCCGAGUCCACCGAUUCUGAUGGCCGCAAAUGGUACUCCGACACUGGCUCCAAGUUUGCCUUGUCCAUUUCCAGGACUUCUACUUCUCCUGCUGCCCUUCAGAAGCCAUCUGUCCCAACCGUGCCUUACAUGAAUGCUCGUAUCUUCACUUCUCCAUUUACUUACACUUUCCCUGUUGCCCCCGGUCGGAAGUUCAUUCGCUUAUAUUUCUACCCGGCAUCUUACAACAACCUUACCGCCUCCAAUGCCGUAUUCUCAGUCACUGCUGGCCCCUUUCAGCUCAUGAAGAACUUUAGUGCCGAGCAGACUACUGAGGCCUUGAAUUAUGAUUACAUCACCAAGGAGUUCUCUGUCUAUGUUCCGUCCGAAGUCUUGAAUUUGACUUUCACUCCAUCUUCUUCUCCUGCCGACGCCUAUGCGUUUGUUAACGGCAUUGAGGUUGUUUCGCACCCGGAUAUAUACAGUACUCUAAAUACCAAUACCCCCAUUGUCGGCCAAGCCGGUACAUCAUUCGAUUUUGGCAACAACACAGCUCUGGAGAAUUUAUACCGUCUGAAUGUAGGCGGGAAUGCCAUUUCUCCAUCUUCCGACACUGGCCUUUUCAGGUCGUGGAACAUCGACUCUCCUUACAUCUUUGGUGCUGCAACAGGUGUCACCAACGUGGCUGAUCCGAAUGUUACUAUCACUUAUCCUGCCGGAACACCAUCUUUUGUUGCCCCGCUUGAUGUCUACAGCACGUUCAGAACGAUGGGGCCGGAUUCAAAUGUGAACAAGAAUUACAAUCUCACUUGGAUUUUCUCUGUGGAUUCUGGAUUCUUCUAUCUUGUUCGUCUCCAUUUCUGCGAGGGCUUUCAGAAUAUAUCCUUGAUUCAUCAGAGGGAGUUUAAGAUCUUCCUCUAUAAUCGAACUGCUCAGCCCGAUGCUGAUGUGAUUGCUUGGGGAGUAACGAAUGGGAAAGCGCUUCACAAAGAUUACGUGGUUUUCGUACCCAGUACCGGCGGCGCGCAACCGCAGCAAGAUAUGUGGCUUGCAUUGACUCCAAAUACUGAGUCUAAGCCUUAUAUUUAUGAUGCAAUCUUGAAUGGACUAGAGAUAUUCAAAAUCAAUGACACAAGCGGGAAUCUUGGCGGCCCCAACCCGAUCCCUGCUCCCAUUCCACCAGCUGAAUCUUCUGAAUCAUCUGCUCACUCGAAAAAUCACUCAGCCAUCAUUGGCGGAGGUGUUGGAGGUGGCAUUGCUGCUGUGCUUCUUGUUGGCGGCUUACUUGUGUGUCUUGUUUCCCGCAGCCGCCAAAAGCACAAAAAGGACUCCAGUACCAGUGACGGAUGGCUCCCUCUUUCCUUGUAUGGAAACUCGCAUUCUUCUGCCUCGGCAAAGACAAACACUACAGGGACUGGGAGCUAUGCUUCCUCGCUCCCUUCUAACCUCUGUCGCCACUUUUCAUUUGCUGAAAUCAAGGCUGCCACCAAGAACUUUGACGAGGCGCUUGUUCUUGGUGUGGGAGGUUUUGGCAAAGUGUACAGGGGUGAAAUUGAUGGUGGAACAAAAGUUGCGAUCAAGCGCGGGAAUCCACUCUCUGAGCAAGGUGUUCAUGAAUUCCAAACUGAGAUUGAAAUGCUCUCAAAGCUUCGCCACAGGCACCUAGUGUCACUGAUCGGUUAUUGUGAAGAAAACUGCGAGAUGAUCCUUGUUUACGACUACAUGGCUCAUGGAACUCUCCGCGAGCACCUAUACAAAACACAAAAGCCUCCACUGCCCUGGAAGCAAAGGCUGGAGAUUGGUAUUGGUGCUGCUCGAGGUUUGCAUUACCUUCACACUGGAGCCAAGCACACCAUCAUUCACCGUGAUGUGAAGACAACUAAUAUCCUUUUGGAUGAGAAAUGGGUGGCAAAGGUUUCGGACUUUGGAUUGUCGAAAACAGGCCCUACAUUGGAUCACACACAUGUGAGCACUGUUGUGAAGGGCAGUUUUGGUUAUCUAGACCCUGAGUACUUCAGGCGCCAGCAGCUCACUGAUAAGUCCGAUGUUUACUCAUUCGGGGUGGUGCUCUUUGAGAUCUUGUGCGCUCGCCCAGCCUUAAAUCCUACACUCCCCAAAGAACAAGUCAGCUUGGCCGAAUGGGCAUUUCACUGCUACAAAAAGGGUAUUCUUGACCAGAUCAUGGAUCCUUAUCUGAAAGGAAAGAUUGCACCUGAAUGCUUCAAGAAAGUAGCCGAAACGGCAGUUAAAUGUGUCGCUGACGUUGGAAUUGACAGGCCUUCAAUGGGAGAUGUGCUUUGGAACUUGGAGUUUGCAUUGCAGCUUCAAGAGAGUGCCGAGGAGAGCGGGAAAGGCCUUGGAAUGGGAAGUGUAGAUGACCUGGAACAUGGACCCUUUGUCGAUGAUGACACAUGUAAAAAAGGGAAGAAAGAUCCAAAUGCAGUUGAUGAGAGUAGUGGUAACAUGGAGGAUUCGAGAAGUACCGGGAUUUCAAUGAGCAUUGGUGGUCAGAGUCUGGCAAGUGAAGACUCAGAGGGUUUGACUCCAAGUGCUGUUUUCUCUCAGAUUAUGAACCCUAAAGGUCGUUGAAAAAGUGCAGAGCUGGUUUGUUUUUGAGGUUUAACUAUUUUAACUUUUAAAGAACACAAGAAGAAAUCUGUAAACUUAAUUUUUGAAUGUAUUCAAUUGUUUCUUUCCUUCCUGCUGCUGGUGCUGUCAUUUUAGUAACAUUAUAAAAGAUUUAAGAGUAGAGAUAUAUCUAUAAUAUAAUAUAUAGUAUAAUUAUUGUCAUUACACAAACGAGUAGUUGUAGUGUUUGGUUGUUUUCAUCUCUAUGUGCCUUUUGGGGACAAAUGCACAAUUGUGUUGGAAUAGGUCGAGCAGGCUGUAUUAAGUUUCUAUGUAUCACGAACUUCCAACCAAAAAAAAAAAGUAAAAGAAUAUGAAACUUGCAAGUUUUUGUACAAGGUUGGGAAAUUGUGUAUUAAACGUGUUAUAUUCGCGUUCAACGCUAUUUAUGUGUCACUUUUUGUGAUUUAAGUUCAU